UCAAUCACGUUCUUCGCCCCGCCCUUUCCGGCGCCGUUCCCUCCGUUACUCUCGUUGGUUUGCGUGUGUCUCUGCGAGGCCAGUGAGAGGUGAAAGUCACUUUGAGGAGGAGGAGGAGGAGGAAGGAGACGGUCGGUGGCGGUUGCUUCUUUUGAGAGGAGAAGGAGGAAUCAUGGCUGAAGACAUCAGGACCAAGCUGGAGAACUACAAGACCGCUCCCUUCGACAGCAGGUUCCCCAAUCAAAACCAAACAAGGAACUGCUGGCAAAACUAUCUUGAUUUCCAUCGCUGCGAGAAAGCCAUGAAUGCCAAGGGACAAGAUCCUUACGUCUGCCAGUGGUACAAAAGGGUGUACAAGUCCCUUUGCCCUAUUUCUUGGGUCACUUCUUGGGAUGAACGUAUGGAAGAGGGGACUUUUCCAGGCAAGAUCUGAUUGUCUUGUGUCUCCCAGUUGCUCCCCUCCUCAGGACACUGUUUUGCUGCUGAGUCCCCUCUAUAUGGUGACUCUAAAGGAUCAACUGAAGCAUCUCUGCCUCUGGGUCUUGUCCACUUGAGCAUCUUGGAUGUGGCAAAUUCUGAUUAAAGGCAUAAAACCUUG